UCCGGGACCUUUUGAAGUCUCGUGCCUGUGUGGCCGGCGUGAGGUCGGAGGCGCAUCUUUCCGGCCGCAUCCCGAGCACCGUGGGUCCUCGUCCCGGCUCUCUGGGGCUCGGCCCUCGUUUGUCGGGCGGCUCCUAGCCUCAGGCCGGCGACUCCGAGGCCGCGGUUCUGUCGCGUGAGCGGAGGCUGGAAGAAGCCCCAGCGCGCGCUUGUGAGGCUGAGGCGCGUCCCCGCCUGGCGUGGCGCUGCCCGUCCCCUCUCCCUCUGAGUGUGUGUGUGUGUGGGGGAGAGUGUGUCUCUGUUCAAAAAACAAAACUAAACUCAAAGAUACUCCAAACAAAAGCCAAAAACCCUCCUCUUAAGUGCUUUGUCCGUGAAAAGGGAGGGAAAAUACGAAAAUGUCCAUUUUCCCCAAAAUAUCCUUGAGACCUGAAGUCGAAGACUACCUCAGGGCGAGCUUUAAGAAUAAGGAGAUUGUGACUACUUUAGGUGUGCAGGAAGCAGAAAGGAAAUUCGAAACCUUGUUAAAUCGCUUGUCACACCCACCAGCAUUCACAACUGUUAGAGUGAAUACCCAUUUAGCAUCUGUAAAACAUGUGAAAGAUUUGCUGCUUGAAGAAAUAAAUAAGCAAUUUAAUGGAUUAAGUGUUCCAGUUCUUCAGCACCCAGAUGUUCAGGAUGUGUUACUUAUUCCUGUAAUUGGACCCAGGAAAGAUAUAAACAAGCAACCCUCUGAAGUCAUUGUUGGAGCCCACUGUGGUAAUGCUGUGCUAAGGGGAGCACAUGUCUAUGUUCCAGGAAUCAUAUCUGCUUCAAGAUCUAUGAAAGCUGGAGAUGUUGUCUCUGUUUAUUCUGAUAUUGAAGGAAAAUGUAAAAAAGGAGCCAAAGAGUUUGAUGGAAAGAAAGUAUUUCUUGGAAAUGGAAUUUCUGAACUGAGCCGAAAUGAAAUUUUCAGUUUGAGCAGCCCACUGAAAGGCAUAGGUAUACGAAUGACAGAACCAGUAUAUCUCAGCCCUUCAUUUGACAAUGUACUGUCCAGUUCCUUGUUUUUGCAGAAUUUGCCUUCUGCAGUGGUAAGCCAUGUUUUGAAUCCUCAGCCAGGAGAGAAGAUUCUGGAUAUGUGUGCAGCCCCUGGAGGCAAAACAACCCACAUUGCAGCAUUAAUGCAUGAUCGGGGUGAAUUAAUAGCACUGGACAAAAUACCCAACAAAGUAGAAAGAGUAAAGCAAAAUGCUGCAUUAUUUCAAUUGAGCUGCAUCAAGGCCUUUUGCUAUAAUGGAACAAAGGCCCUUGGGAAGGUAGAGGAUGGACAAGGAGGACCACCGUUCUCACCUGAGUCCUUUGAUCGAAUUCUUCUUGAUGCCCCCUGCAGUGGGAUGGGACAGAGACCGAACAUGGCUUAUACUUGGACUCUAAAGGAAGUGACAUCUUAUCAACCAUUACAAAGGAAACUUUUUACUGUGGCCGUUCAGCUGCUGAAGCCAGGGGGUGUGCUGGUCUACAGCACAUGCACAGUCACACUGGCUGAGAAUGAAGAACAGGUCGCGUGGGCCCUUACAACUUUUCCUUGUCUCCAGCUUCAGCCCCAGGAACCACAUAUUGGAGGAGUAGGAAUGGUAGGAGCUGGCCUAUCAGUGGACCAACUGAAGCAGCUGCAGCGAUUUGAUCCGUCCAUUAUACCAUUAAAGGAUUCUGACGUAGCCUCCAUUAGAGAUUCCAGGAGAGAAGACAUGAUUUGGUUAGCAAAUAAGGACUGUAUAGGGUUUUUUAUUGCAAAAUUUGUAAAAUGUGAACACUUUUAGGAAAAGAAUCAUUAGGAGUCAAAAUUCCACCAAGUGUUUGCUAUAUAAAAAUGUUACCGCUGCGGCAUCAUCGGGCCAACAGACUGAUAAUAUGGUUGCUAUGGAAGUAGAAAAUCUACUAGUUUUCCUUUUAAGAAUCAAGAGUCACAGGUUAAAGAAGUCAAAGGGGUUGAGUGAGAUUAUGUUUUAAAGGAUUCUUUUUAUUUAUAAUGUCUUUAACAGACUACAAAGAUGAUAUCUUCAGAUGUAUGAAAAUAUCUUUUUUGUUGAUCUGUUUUUGUAAAGAAUGUGAUAUUGUAAAUGUCAGAUUCUAUUUUCUAUAGACUUCCUUUUUAAGUGCAAAUUUAAAUAAAUCAUUUGGUUAUAUUAAAAUAUUUUCGGUUCCAAAUUUUUUUAACACUAUCGAUGAAUGCUUAAGGAAUUCACAUUUCUGUGUGUUUUGUUAGUUCAUUUUUUUCAGCAGUUACUUGGUAAAUCUUAUCUCUCUUCUAACUGAAAUAAAGUUAAUAGUAUUUUUGGAACACUUUUAAAUGAUUUGAUUAUGUUACUUUUCAUUUGUAUUAAACAUACUGUAAUUUUUGUUCAGUUAUGUCCAAUUUUCCGUGACCCCAUUUGGAGUUUUCUUGGAAAAGAUACUGUUUGCCAUUUCCUCCUCCAGCUCAGUUUAUAUAUGAGGAACUGAGA